AUGGUCUUUCGCUCGGGACCUGUUGCCCCAGGCAUUGCAUUCGUCACUGGAGGCGCGCGUGGGCUAGGGAACGCUAUUUGUGUAUCGUUUGCAAAGGAGGGUGCUAAAGGCGUGUGCAUCGUCGACAUCCAAGACGAGGCGACAUUCGAAGAGGGAAAGAAAGCCGUCGAGAAAUACGGUGCCAAGGUGCUUUGUAUCCGUGCCGACGUGACCAAGGAGGAGGACGUGGAACGAGCGGUCAAUGAAGCUGUCAAGGAGUUUGGACGCAUCGACUAUGCAGCCAACUUUGCCGGCAUUAUCGGACCUUUGGGCGAGACGUGGGAAACCGACACGGAUCAAUGGAAGCGAGUGAUCGAAGUCAACACCGUUGGAGUGUGGCUGUGCAACAAGUAUGAGCUGAAGCAAAUGAUCAAACAAGAAUCAAUCGAAGUCGAGGAAGGCCGACCCCGUCAACGAGGCUCCAUCGUCAACUGCGCAUCUGUCAAUUCCAUCCAGGCUGGUGCUGGCACCUCGGGAUAUACCGCGUCGAAACAUGCCGUGAUGGGCAUUACAAAAUCGGUUGCCCUCGAAGCCCGCCGGCACGACAUCCGCGUCAACGCGGUGUCGCCGGGUUUCCUCCUGACCAAGCUCCUCGACCCCUUCAUGAAGCAAGGAAACGGCGAGCUCGCGUCCAAGGCGUGGGAGGAGUACGAGGCCCGACAAGGUCGCAAGGCGACGUUCGACGAGAUCGGCGACGUCGUGGUGCUCCUGAGCACUCCGCGCAUGAGCCUGGUGGUGGGCCACAACCUUGUCAUUGAUGGCGGAUUCACCAUCAACGAGAAUACCUACUAG